UCCUAAGAAUGAUGAAUACGAAGUAGUUAAAACUAAGAUAGAAGGAGAUGGCAAAACCACCACAAAGAAUGAGUUUAAGUUCUACUGGAAGGAUAUCAGUAAAGCUAUGGAGGAAUUAAAGGCACAAUUGACGCGUUAUCUGUUCUCACGACAGCAGGCUAACCGUGAUCUUUCACAGGUUACUAAUUGUAAACAGGAGAAGGCUGAACUCACUUCAAAGUUUCUGACGCGUUUUAGCAGGACGUGGACUUGUCUGGGAAACAUGCAAUUAGAUCAGCAGCAAGCCAAUCCACUCUUUACUUUUACAUUUUUGAACAAUUGUCGUCCUGAUAUGCAGAAGGUUCUGAAAUAUCAUUUAAGUGACCGUAGUAAUAUGAUAAUAAAAACCCUAGGGGAAAGAAUUAGAACUAUGGAGGGAGAUGGUAUUCUGGAUAGUAAGCAGGUAGCCUGCCUCUCUGUGGCUGGUGGCUACUCACAGCCCCGUGGAAACGUGAAUAGACAACAAAAGAAUCAGAAUUCGAGCAUCCGCCUGCAAGGCAGGGUACGCCCUGGAGCGUGCCACUAUUGUGGCAAAGAAGGACAUUGGCAACAUGAGUGUAGAAAGAAAAAGGCGGAUGAAUACAAUUCGCAGCAUAUGUUUUCCCCUUCACCCCCCUGACCCUCAAUCUUCUGAUAUGUUUCCCCUUCCUCCUCCUAAUCUUCAGCAGCCGCCACCGGCUGCCCCUAUGGCAAAUCCUUUUGUGCAGCAAUGCCCCACAGGCCCAUAUCAACCUUAGAGCUGCCUACAGAGCUGUGACCCCGUAAUGCUACAUUGUUCUUUCGACUCUUAUCUAGCCAAUGAUUUGCCUGUUGUAGAAUUAGCUAUAGAUGGACAGGUGCUUCCUUUUCUAAUUGACACUGGUGCUACGAUGUCCUCUGUGGGGAAAAUCCUACGAGGGCCCUCUCUCUAACAAAACCGUUCGCUCUGUGGGAAUUGAUGGGCUCCCCUUCUCCUCCCCUUGCACUCCUCCGCUAUUUGUAACCUGUCCCGCCGACACAGCACUUUGUACACAUCACUCUUUUGUGUUUAUGCCACAGUGUCCCUUUAAUCUAAUGGGACGGGAUCUAAUGAGUCUGUUACAUUUAUCCAUUUCGUUUCAGGGAUCCAAAAUGAUUAUUUACACUCGUGACUUUCUGCCUCCCGCCUUGGCUCAUCUAUCUUCAUGUAUGACUGUCACAAAUAUCUCUGCUGUUUGCACUGCUUCUGUAAACACUGUUAUCUUCCCUUCUACAGAUCCUUUGAGUGCUCUCCCCUCCUCCCUCUGGGCUGAACACAAGGACGAGGUUGGCCUGGUUCACUGUGUGCCUUAUGAAGCUAAGCUUAAACAUUUGCUUCCUGUUUGUGUUAAGCAGUACCCUCUUUCUGAAGCUAAGGCUAAGGGGAUUGAUGUCAUCCUACAGUCUCUUCUUGAGCAAGGCGUGGUUCCUGCUCAUCAUUGCUGUUUUUCUGUUAUUGAUCUCUGUGUCGCGGCGAUCUGCCGCGAGAAGUGUCUGAAUGCAGGCUCACAUGAUUGACAGCUGCCUCCGCUACUCCCUGCAAUGCUGAAUCGCAGUGCUACGCUGCCGGCACACGGCUUGGCAGCACGCUGCGCUGAACAGGUGAAGCCAAUCACAAUGCUAAUUAGCAGGGCAGCGGUCUUUCUAGAAAAAUAGGCGGAGUUGGCGUUCAGUCGUUCAGUUUGUAACGAAGCAGCAGCACAGCAGUUGCAAAGGGAAUUCGCUACUAACACAAACUUUACAGCACAUCGGGGAAAAAAGGACAAAAAAGGCUACCGGUAAGCCCACUGAACUUUUAUCUGCAAAUGCAAACGCUGCGCUCGCAGUAAUCCGUGGGCAUGAGAAAUGUUUGUUUCUUGCCUGUGUUUGGUUUAAUGGUUUAAACUUCUCAAUCGCCAAUGCAGUCAGGCAGAAUCUCUGGCGUUUGCAUGUUUAGUAAACUUAUAGCUUGCUGGUAGUUGCUAAUGUGUGUCCUUCAUUUCAUUACAUUAGUUUAAUUUCAUUAGUUUCCUUUCUCAGUGGCGUGCAGUAAAUAUCUUCAGUUAAAGUGCACAAACUGCUUGUUAAAGGGCUAAUGGUUAAAAUGGUUAGAAGUAAAUGGUUCUUAGUUUAGAACUGGUUUUCUGUUCAUUUAUGUUUGUUUAGUGAAAUAUUGACCUGGUUGAAUGUUUGUUUGUUCAGUAACAUAUUGACCAGAGUGAUUAAAAAAGGUUAAAACUGCCUGGUUUAUAAAUAAUGUAAAUGGUUAAAAUAUACUUUACUUACCUUAAGGCCCGGUCCCACUGCACUUACGGAUGCAAAGAGGAUGUAAAACGUAAAAAAAUCUUUGCCAUCCGUUGGAAAACGCUAUGCAUCCGUUGUGUACUCAUUGCAUACGUGCUUCAUACGCUCUAUCCAUCGAGCAUCCGUCCACUGUGAUUUCAUCCGCGCAAAAAGUUUUGAGCUGCACAAAACUUUUAGAACGGAUGAACUUUCCGCCGUGUACGAUGUAAAUCUGCAACAUAUACGAGCAACAAACGUUCUAUGUCCGUUAUCAUCCGUUAAACGUCUGCUGUAUCCUCUCUGCAUCCUCUGGGCAUCCUCGCAACUCACAUCCGCUGCAGCUGAAAACGGAAAGAGGGAGGAAAGAUAAGGUACAUGAAACGUCUAUUCAUCGUUAGUAGCACGGAAAUAGAAAGGAUGUAAGCGUAUGCAUCUCGUAUAUAAAGUAUUCAAAACGGACAAAGCGUUUAUAUCUGGGAUGUAUCUUGUAUAUUUAGGACGUCUGGAGUAUGUCUAGAGUAUGUAGAAGGACACCUAGCGGACAAUCGAUAUUUUGUAUAAAAAGGGGGAGAAAAUCAUCUGGAUCUCAGUAUGAGUCGAACAGUCAUGGUGUACAGAUCUCAUCACCCUGACGCACCAUGGUGUUGAUACAAGAUGUAGUAGAGAUGUAUCAGUGUAGCCUUCUUCAAAAACGAGAUGUAGUAGAGAUGUAGCCACCAGCACGUCUUUCCGCUUUAUGCUGACGGUGUGCGUGCUGCAUCCCUUUAUAUCCGCGGAGCAGACGCAAUUCAUACCCUCCGCAUGCGCAGUGAACGGUCUGCAUCCGAUAUACAUCCGCGCAACAUCCCCUUUGUUUCCGUUAGGCGUACGUGAUGCAUCCCCUUCAUCCACUAUGCAUCCGCUCUUUCUGCUAUGCGUCCGCUUCUCAGUUAUCACCGGUAACCCCUUCGGAGCUGUCAUCCACGUCCAUCUGCUUUCAUCCGCUAGGCUUCCUAUGAACAUGCGUUUAACAUCCCCGCUAUAUACUACCCAUGUCCGUUCUUUUCCGUUCUGUUUUCGCAAAUUUUCGCCAAUUUUGUCCAUUUCUGGAGCGGAUGAAAAUGGAUAGAGCCACCCCCAAAAUUUUGCUCGUCCGCUGUGUCCUUUUUGCAUAUGUUUUGUGUCCAUCAGCCAGUGGGACCGGGCCUUUAUACUUGCCUUUUGUUGCCUAAUUAACUUGGGCUUUGUUGUGGAAAAACAGGCAUUUAUUCAUACAUGCUGAGUGUAAAUAAUGAAUCAUUGAACAAUGGACUUUUGUUAAUCAUUUUAUUUUUGUGUUUGUAUGGUUAAAGGUUUUUCACCUUCUUCUUCUUCUGCUUCUACUUUUCUUCUGAAAAUCAAUAAAAACACAAGACGAGUGGAAUCCUGAGUCCGAGUCCUUCCCUCUCAAGUGUGGGAAACCCAUGAUGCUCAUACACUUGACACUCUAUUCUGCCUUUUUCAGCGUUCCUGUAGAAGAACACACACAGCCUUUGUUUACCUUCACGCACAGGGGGAGACAGUAUACUUGGACACGGUUGCCUCAAGGUUUCAUUGAUUCUCCUGCUGUUUUCUCAGCCAUAGUUCAUGACGCACUCUGUGACCUCUCCCUCCCCCAGGGCUCUGUGGUCCUGCAGUACGCAGACGAUCUUCUGGUAUCUGCUGAGUCACCAGAAAUCUGCCAAGACGCCUCCUUACGCCUGCUCCAACAUCUGGCACACAAGGGCUUUAAGGUUUCCAGGACCAAGCUGCAAUAUUGCAUGGACACUGUUAAGUAUUUGGGUUUUGAACUUUCACAAGGUUGUCGUAAGCUGUCAUCUGAUCGGGUGCGGGUGAUUCUAGACACAAAACGCCCUGCAACUAAACAUGCACUGAUGUCUUUUCUGGGUCUUAUCAGUUACUGCAGACAAUGGAUCCCUGACUGCUCUUUAUAUGACAAGCUUCUCCGUUCUGCAAUCUCUCAUCACGAUCCACUGCAACACCCUUUGACCUGGACUGACGCUAUGGUGGAUGCUUAUCACUCCCUCAAAAGCGCCCUUUGUUCAGCCCCGGCCCUGGGUUUACCUGAUUACUCCAAGCCCUUCCAUCUCUAUGCCUGUGAACAACAAGGCACAGCCUCUGCGGUGUUGGCCCAGGAGUAUAGGGGGGGUGCGUCCUUGUGCAUUUUUAGCUAAAACGUUAGACACUGUUGCUCAAGGCUUACCUGCGUGUCUAAGGGCUGUCUCCGCAUGUGCUCUGAUGGUUUUAGAUGCGGAAAAAUUGGUUUUGUCUCACUCACUAAUUUUGCACUCGUCACAUCAAGUUAAACAGGUGUUGCAAAAUUUACAGACCCAACAUAUGACUGCUCAGCGACGCUUUGGAUAUGAAACCAUUCUCUGUUCUACUGACAAUCUCGAAAUUCGUGCCACAUCCUCUUUCAAUACUGUAGGUCAUACUCUCGCACGCCUUCUUAAUUCUCAGGAUGACACUCUGGAUGACACUGAUCAUGAUUGUCUAUCUGAAAUCGUACAUACUACUAGUUUCAGGUCUGAUCUCUCCUCCAGCCCUCUAGGGAUGGGGGAAGUAUUUUUUGUUGAUGGCUCUUGUUCUAAAUCCUCAGACGGUGUUUUCCUCUGUGGUUAUUCUGUGUGUUCACUGUCUGAUAUUGUGCAUGAGGCAUACACUCUUCCUUUCUCUUCGGCUCAGGCAGCUGACUUGUAUGCUCUCACUCGUGCCUGUAUUUUGUCUCAGGGAAAGGAUGUCACAAUCUACACAGACUCUCGUUACGCCUUUGGUGUGGCUCAUGAUUUUGGGAAGAUUUGGCAGUCUCGAGGCUUCCACGCCGCAGAGGGGAAGCCCAUUUCUCACUCUACCUUAGUACAAAAUCUCAUUGAUUCUUGUCAUCUCCCUAGAUCACUCGCCAUAGUUAAAACUAAGGUGCAUGCCUCGGGAAACACACCUGAAAUCAUGGGUAAUUCUCCUGCCGAUCGCAUUGCAAAACUUGCUGCUGCUUCUGGUGUCAUGUCUCCUGGCCUAGAUUCUUCGCCGUGUAAUACCUCUUGCCUUGCCAGCUCACUGAUUCCUGACUUAGAUCUUUUUUCUUUACAGGCUUCAGCCUCUCCAAAUGACUCUGCCUUUUGGCAGUUACAAGGCGCUUAUGUUGCCUCUGAUGGCCUAUGGUACAGUCAGGAUGGCCACUUUUGUCUUCCAUCUCAUUGCCUUCCCUUCCUCGUGUGCGAAUUUCACGGCGUGACACAUCGCGCACGAAGGGGGGUGAAGGGGGACAUGAACAAAUUUUUUUGUAUAGCCAAUUUAAACAGUUUGGUGGACUCAAUUCUUGAGAGAUGCCUCAUCUGCGCACAAAAUAACCCCUCUAAAGCAGGCGCGAAACACGAGUGUUUACCCAUACCUACGUCUGCAUUCCUAGAAUGCCAAAUCGACUUCACACACAUGCCUCGCUGUGGGCCGUUUAAAUAUCUCCUGGUGAUUGUGGACAAAUUAUCUAAAUGGGUAGAAGCUUUUCCCUGUUCGAGAAAACACGAAGGUAGUUACUCAUAUUCUGGCAAAAGAAAUAAUACCUCAUUAUGGGGUUCCAGACGCCAUAGACUCAGACAAAGGUACCCCUUUUACCUCAAAAGUCACACAAAACCUUUGCAAGUAUCUCUCACUAAACUGGCGUUUUCACAUUCCGUACCACCCUCAAUCCUCUGGUAUCGUAGAACGUACUAAUCAAACAUUGAAAGACUAACUAAGGCCAUGCAGGCCACAGGUUCGAAAAAUUGGGUAGACUUAUUGCCAGCCACUCUGGCUGAAAUUCGUAUGACACCAAGACCUAGACUAGGGGGAUACGCCCCCUAUGAAAUUAUUUUUGGAAGACCUUUCCCUCUCCCCUGGAAGAAGGGAACUCCGGCUCUGGGUACCUCUGAUUUGAAAACACACAUGGAUGAGUAUUCUGCAGCCCUUAUAGAUAAGUUGCAUAAAAUUUGUGCCAAGGUCAAUAGUACAAUAUCGUCUCCACCAUCAGCACCCACACACCCCUUUCACGUGGGAGACAAGGUGCUGGUGCGACUUUUUAAACGAUUUGGACAAUAGGGAGAACCUAGGUAUAGUGGGCCUGCAGAAAUAGUCGCCAUUACUCGUACUGCUGUUUUAACUGAUCUUUUUCCACAGUGGAUCCAUGCCACACGAUUGAAGAAGGCUCCAUAACAAAGCUGUGUUACAAUGACAAGUUUGCUAUUAACGUUUUCUCUGUGUCCCUAUCCAGUCUCUGUUCUCUCUCCCUAUCUCUGAGCUCUACACAGAUUUGAUGUGACAUUUGUGCAGCCCUGGCCGACUGAGAAUCCUCAGAUUACUCCCUGCAAGACAUUGUGAACAAAGAGGGGAUCUCGUGCCCCGUCUGGGACCAGUCAUCCUCACUACAACCAUGAAAGUCCUCAUCACGAGUUUUGUGACCACUCUACUGCUGCUCGGAGCAGGAUUACCCGCUCGAGCUGGACCUCGAGACAACAUCUUCUGGCAAUUCGCUAACUGGACUGCACGAGCGCACACGAAUGAAAGUUGUUAUGUACAGUGGCAGCCAUUGAAUUUGUUCCACGUUUCCGUGACUGGCCCUCAGCAGGCCCUUGGCCGUCCCCUGACUGGUUCGUGACUGUCUGCCGAUUGGUCCGUGCAGAUAAUUUAUCCCCCACAAUGAUGUAAUCAAUGCAGUCCUGACUGGUGACGCCCCUAAGCAGCUUGUGUGAAAACCAGCUGCUAUCCCUCAUUUUUCCACGGGGAGGAGCAGUGAUUGUCCGUUUCACAAAGCAGGUUUAUCAAAUGCUGAGAACAGCUGAUUUCAGUUAGUUAAUUCAACCCGGAGGAGUUUCACCGUGAGUUAAAAAGCCAUAAGAUUUUAAUGCGCUCAUACAGCGAGUUUGAAUAUGUUUAUAUAUAAUUGAAAUAAAAGAUAGAUUGAUUGAUUGAAGUGUGCAUGCUUUCUACAUAAACACUGUCUAGUGCAGCAUAGGCAUAAAUAAAUAAAUAAAUAAAUACAGCCUCCGCUACUGUCUAGUCCCAGGGAGGCUCGGCGUAGGCCACUGAUGAAACUAUUUGGCUGUCCUACUACUAGGCAACUACUUGUCUACUACUAAUACUAGGCCUUUUGUAGUAGUAGUAAUAAUGAUAUUUGCCUACUGAAAGGUGAUCAGGUGAAAAGUUGAAGCCACAGCAAGACCUUUGCUAUUAAGCCUUUUGUAGGUUAAACAGGCUUCGGCAGACAACGUUCUGGAAAGGCUGUGUUUUUCUUUGGUUUGAUUAGCCUACGAUUUAAUCUUUAAACAUUAUGGUUUCAGCAGUUCGCUUAAACAUUGGAGGCUGUAGAGUCGGGCUGCAAGAUUUCCCGACACUUGUUUAAGAUGACAAACUUCAUAGUAAGGAGAAAAUAAUUCCACAGUAUUUAGUGCCUCAUCAGUCUCAAAAAUUAAUAGUGAAGGACCAACGCGAAUUAAGUCCCAAAAAAACAUCUCGUAGGCCUAUAUUUUACAUUUUCAAAAAAGUCCGGAAUUGGAAGUCGGUCAGUGGAGUGUAAUGAAGUGUCUCAUUCACUAAGCACAAAAGGUCGGACAACAGUGGAGAAAACAGCGAUUGCUUAAAUAGGCUACUAAUGGUUUACAUUAGUAAUUUAAUGUAUGUGACAAAUAAGUUCAUUGAUUAAAUAGAUAAAGAAGCCAAUACUCCGAAGCUCAAAAUUCAGGAAAGUGGCUCCUGUGUCGCAAGUGCCAAGAACAGUUAUUUGAAAGUUAACCUAAUGAAUUUGUGUGUGCGCGUGCGAUUUCAUGAAGAACCGGGACAAUUGGCAUUCGGUGAAAGAUUCACACCUAUGACUCAUUAUAUUCACGCGCGCCCUCUCGCCCACUGUUGCUUCGUUUUCCCGAUUUACAUGAGCAUCUGAAGAUGGAGUUUUCAGAAAUCUCCACUCUGCCCAGAGUUUGCAAAAGUAGCUGUUUUCACAGGGUUCCCGCGGGGUUUUAAAAGGUAGUAAAAGGUAGUUAAUUAAAAUAGGCUAAAUUAUGGCCAGUAAAAAGUAGUAAAAGGUAGUAAACGUAAUCUGACGUGGUAGUAAAUUUUUUUGACCCCCAUCCAACUGGGCCUAUGUGUUUUCUAAUUUGUUUAAUUAACCUGCAUGCCAUAAUAUCCAUAAAUUACUACAUUUGGGCGAAUUUAUUUUUAUGUAUCGAGGAGGACCGCAGUGAGGAGUUGGUGGCGCAUGCGCAUUGAAUUCCAAUAACGGUCGAAUCCAGUGUAAAUUUAUACCAGAGAUUGUUUAGUACGAGACUGACUUUGUUUAUACGGCUCUAGUGGAAUCUGUCAACCCGACUGGCGACAUCUGCACGAGAAUUAAACAAUGGGGAAAUGCAAAUUUUCAGACCUCUGGCUGGAGGAACCUGAUUUUAAAGACUGGCUAAAGGCGGUAGAUGGCAAUCGGCGAGAGGCGUUCAUUGAAAAGUUGAUCGAAGAAAAGGUCAAACAACUGAGGCACAUGUAAUGCGUUGUGUGGGUGUGUGCCUGGUGCGUUGUGUGUGCGCGCGCGCGCCUGGUGCGUUGUGUGCGCGCGUGCGCCUGGUGCGUUGUGUGUGCGCGUGCGCCUGGUGCGUUGUGUGUGCGCGCGCGCGCUUGGUGCGUUGUGUGUGCGCGCGCGCCUGGUGCGUUGUGUGUGCGCGUGCGCCUGGUGCGUUGUGUGCACGCGCGCCAUUUGAGGCAUCCAAAAUCUCAUCUCAUCUCAUUAUCUCUAGCCACUUUAUCCUGUU